GGGUAGUCACAGGGCGGGGGCUCUAUUGAUUUAAAUUUGGUUUGCCGGUGCGCGUGUCAAUACUUAACACAGUGCCGCGAAGAGCGCGCGCUCAAGCAUCUACGGUUUUCUGGUCGUGUUGUGCGGAUCGAAAGGUUAGGCCCUUCGUGGUGCAGUCAAUAAGAUAUGACGACUAAUCAGAAAAAUGAAACAAACGAGAAUGUGAAGAAUUUAAAUGGACCCAUCCAUUUCGAGAGUAUUGUUCCAAAAGAAGGUCAAAAAAAUACUGAAAUGGAAUGGAUGGGGAUAUAAGGAUUCCGAAUUUCGUGUGACCGAAAAUAAUAUUAUUGAAUUUACUGGUAAUAGAUAUCCCAUUGGUAACACGAAACUUCCAUAUUUCACAAAAUGGGUACAAACCACAUUUGGUAUAGAUUUAUCCGAGAGACGGGAAUCACAAUCUAUACCAACAAAUCUACCAGAAUCAAACAUUUCGCCGGAACAAUUGGAAGCAAUUCAAGAAUUAAAAAUUGAAUAUUCCUUAAAAGGUAUCGAUCGAUUGAUUAGAGCGCACGGACACACACUUCGGGAAAUAUAUCUCCUCAAGCAUGGAUCGCUUGAUCGAAUACCGGAUAUUGUACUCUGGCCGAAAUGCCAUGAUGACGUCGUAAAAAUAAUUAAAUUAUGUGCUCAAUAUGGAUUGGUUUGUAUUCCAUUUGGCGGUGGAACAAGCGUAAGCGGUGCUUCCUCUUGUCCGGCAAACGAACGACGAACAAUAAUAUCGCUGGAUACAUCGCAAAUGAAUAGCAUAUUAUGGAUAGACAGGGAAAAUUUAAUUGCCUGUUGUGAAGCUGGUAUUAUCGGUCAAGACCUUGAGAAACAACUACGAUUACAUGGUCUAACUUCUGGUCACGAACCUGAUUCCUACGAAUUUUCUAGUUUAGGUGGAUGGGUUGCAACGAGAGCAAGUGGCAUGAAAAAGAAUCGAUAUGGGAACAUUGAAGACCUAGUUGUACGAGUACGAAUGGUCACCGGUAGAACGGAAGAUCCAGAAAUAACACUAGAAAGAAGUAUAUUAGUACCAAGAGCUUCUUGUGGCCCUGAUUUUGACCAUAUGAUCCUUGGUAGCGAAGGAACUUUGGGCAUCGUUACAGAAGUGGUGAUAAAAGUUAGAUCAUUGCCGAAAGUAAUUAAAUAUGGUAGCAUAGUUUUCCCACAUUUUCAAGCCGGUGUAUCAGCGUUGCGUCAGGUAGCUAAGGCACGAUGUCAACCUGCUAGUAUACGAUUGAUGGACAAUGAACAAUUCCAAUUCGGUCAAAUGUUGCGACCUGAAUCUAAUUGGGCUGGUUUAAUUCUACAAGGAUUAAAAGAAGUUUAUAUUACUAGGAUAAAACGUUUUAAAUGGGACCAAAUAUGCGUCGCUACUUUAUUAUUCGAAGGUGACACAGUUGCAGAGGUAGCAGCACAAGAACAACAAAUUUAUAAUAUCGCGAAGCAGCACAAUGGUAUUCCAGCAGGAGAAACAAAUGGUGAACGAGGUUAUAUUCUAACGUUUGUUAUAGCAUAUAUUCGAGAUCUUGGUCUUGAUUUCUACAUUGUGGCUGAAUCAUUUGAAACAUCUGUUUCAUGGAGUCGUACAUUAUCAUUGUGUAGAAAUGUGAAAUCACGAGUGACAAGAGAAUGUUAUUCGCGUGGAAUCGAUUAUUAUCUUAUCUCUUGUCGUGUUACGCAGACUUAUGACGCUGGUUGCUGUGUAUACUUUUAUAUGGCGUUUAAUUAUAAAAAUAUUUCGAAUCCGGUAGAAACAUAUGAAACUAUCGAACACAUUGCACGUGAAGAAAUUCUUGCAAGUGGUGGUUCUUUAUCGCAUCAUCAUGGUGUAGGAAAAUUACGUUCUUGUUUCUAUUCAGAAACAGUAGGAAAAAUAGGUGUAUCUCUUUAUCGUGCAGCCAAAGCACAUUUGGAUCCUCAUAAUAUAUUUGCUGCUGGGAAUUUGGAUUCACAUUGUGUAUCAAAACUAUGAAGUGAAUGACAUUGAAAUAUACAUUGUGAUAGCUUGGGACUUACUGUAUCAGAAAUCAUUUUAUUCAGAAGAAUGGUUUCUAUUCAGAAAAAUUUAGAAUAAGAACAGGAGGAAAAAAAACAAUAUUGCCAUUUUUAUCGUUGUUAUGUGUGGUGGUAUAAAGUAACAGUGAUAAAAGAAGAGACUAGUAUAAUAUAAAUAAAUGUGACUCAUGUGUUGUUUGGUACAAAUACGGAAUUGUAAUUGUAUCGACAUUUUUAUAAGUUAUUAUAAAUAAACAAAACUUACUUA